AUGUUUUUUUUCAAUAUUUCCAGGUAUAUUGAUCGUGGAAUUCCUUAUCGUCGUGGUUAUCUUUUACAUGGCCCACCAGGAACAGGCAAAAGUAGUUUCAUUUCAGCUUUAGCAGCUCUAUAUGGACACAAUAUUUGUAUGUUGAGUUUAAGUGAUAGAUUAAUUGAUGAUGCAAUGCUUAAUCAUUUAAUGCAUAAUGCACCUUUAAAUAGUUUCCUAGUCAUCGAAGAUGUUGACAGCGCAUUUGGAGGACGACAUGAUGGUGUAAUUCAACAUAAUUCUGUUUAUGAUGGUCUUAGUCGUGUUACAAUGUCUGGAUUGUUAAAUGCAGUGGAUGGGGUAGCUAGUGCAGAAGGCGGUAGAGUUCUUUUUAUGACUACAAAUCAUAUGGAAAGGUUAGAUGCUGCAUUAAUUAGGCCUGGACGUGUAGAUGUUUCACAACAUUUUGGAAAUUGUACUCCUAUUAUGUUUGAACAGAUGUUUAAACGUUUCUUUGAAAAUGUGCCAGAUGUUCUUUGCUCAAAAUUUCGUGAUAAAAUGCUUUCUAUCGGUAUUGAAUGUUCACCAGCUACAAUACAAGGACAUUUACUUAAUUUUAAAAAACAACCUGAAUUGGCAAUUGAAAAUGUUGGGAAAUUAAAAGAAUAG